AUGUCUGGAAUCGGUGGUACUUAUCGAGGCACCCCCAAUAGGCGCGGCCAAAUCCCUUUCACAGAUAGCCCAUCGAGCAUCCCUCGACCGAAGUUGGAGUCUACCACAAGUGCUGCACCGAGCGAGAUGUCUGGCACCUCGACCAUGUCUGCCAGCAGGCAGAAGCAGAGCAAAAGAGACGAGGCUAUCCGCCGCAAAAUGGAAGCCGACCUCAGCAAGAAGAAGCAUGCCCCUUCUCGUGCUCGACAUACUCGCAAAGCACCCCCUGGCACCGUCCUCGCCCUCAAACCCAGCCAGGCUUUACAGAUCAAGCCAAGCACUACUGUUGCGGAGGCCGCGCAGUUGAUGGCUGCAAAAAGAGAGGAUUGCGUUCUGGUCACUGAUGACGACGAUAGAAUUGCAGGCAUCUUCACAGCGAAGGAUUUGGCUUUCCGUGUCGUCGGAGCAGGUGUCAAAGCAAGUCAAGUCACCAUCGAACAAAUCAUGACAAAGAACCCUCUCUGUGCCAGGACCGACACAAGCGCAACUGAUGCGCUGGAUUUGAUGGUGAGGAAGGGCUUCCGACAUCUUCCCGUCAUGGAUGAGAAUCAGGACAUCUCUGGCAUCCUGGAUAUCACGAAAUGCUUCUACGAAGCCAUGGAGAAGUUGGAGCGCGCCUACAGUUCUUCACGCAAGCUGUACGAUGCGCUCGAGGGCGUUCAGUCCGAAUUCGGGUCAAGCCAGCCACAACAGAUCAUCCAAUAUGUGGAGGCUCUGAGGCAGAAGAUGUCUGGUCCUACUUUGGAGUCCGUUCUCAACGGACUUCCUCCGACGACUGUCUCCGUCAGAACGUCAGUCAAGGAGGCAGCUCAACUCAUGAAAGAGAAUCACACCACAGCAGUCCUGGUACAAGAUCAGGGCUCGAUUACCGGCAUUUUCACCAGCAAGGAUGUGGUAUUGCGUGUCAUCGCACCAGGCCUUGAUCCUUCCAACUGCAGUGUGGUCAGGGUGAUGACACCGCACCCUGACUUUGCUCCGUCGGAUAUGAGCAUUCAAGCCGCAUUGCGCAAGAUGCAUGAUGGACAUUACCUGAAUCUUCCCGUUAUGAACGAGACCGGCGAAAUUGUCGGCAUGGUUGACGUUUUGAAAUUGACCUAUGCUACCCUUGAGCAAAUCAACACCAUGAACACCGGGGAGUCCGAAGGUCCGGCUUGGAACAGGUUCUGGCUGUCUAUGGACAACGACACCGAGUCCGUGAUGUCGGCAGAAGGGAGUCAUCGUCCAACAACAACGGGCCAUCGUUCCUUGGUGGAGUCUGAGCUGACUCGUCCUGGAAUGGAGAGGGGCGAUAGUGUCCUGCCUCAGGAUUCAGCUUCACAUCGUGGGGAUGAUGCUCACUCUGAAGUUUUGCCUUCGAUUGAAGCUCCAGAAGAGACGCCUUUCCCCUUCAAGUUCAAAGCACCAAGUGGCCGCGUCCAUCGGAUACAAGUGGUGCCGCGAAAUGGUAUUGCGGAACUUGUGAGCCUUGUCACCUCCAAACUGGGCUCUGAAAUCGAUGCCGUUGGAGGUGAAGCCAUGGUGGAAGAAGGAAAGCUGGGCAAGACUGGCUAUGCAUUGAGUUAUAUGGAUGAUGAGGGUGACACCGUUUCCAUCACGACUGAUCUGGAUCUUCUCGAUGCAAUCCUCCUUGCACGACAGGGCAAGCGAGACAAGGUCGACCUAUUCGUGCAUGACCCGGCACAGCCACCAAUCGUCGCGACCAUUGACCCCAGACCGCAGCUUUCAAAACCUCCCACGCCCCCUGAGUCGGUCCUCAAAGAGGUGCCGGCCUUGGAUGAUGCGGAUAGUGAGGAGGAAGAGUACUCAAGGGUCAAAACGGUACGAAUGAAACGAUCGCCGGUAGCCGCAGCACAGCCAAAAGAGGAACAGCAGAUCAUCCAGGGCGUUCCCAACGACCUCCUUCUUCCGGGGGCUAUUGUCACUCUUGCUGUUGUGAUUGUUGGUGUCUUUGCGAUUGGGCGUGCCACAUCCAAGUGA